CGUCGCGGGAACAUGCCGGGCAGGCGCAUGCGCGGCUCCCUGGAAGGUUCCAGUAGCGAGAAGCCUGCGACGCCAUGGCCAGUUACAUCCAUGUACCUCCCGCGGCGUCCGCUGUCCCCAGGUUGCACAUCACCGUCGAUCAACAGGAUAUGGCAGCUGGCUCCCUGCGGCUCAUGAAAGAACUGAGGCCGCACUGGGACCCGGCUGAGGUCAGACUGAAGGUGUUCACAGAUGGUAUUACGAACAAACUUGUUGCUUGUUAUGUUGAUGAUUCAUUAGACGAUGUUGUUUUGGUAAGGGUGUAUGGCAACAAGACAGAGUUGUUUGUUGAUCGUGAAAAUGAGGUGAAGAGCUUUCAGGUCCUGCAUGCUCAUGGCUGUGCACCACAACUCUACUGCACCUUUCAGAAUGGACUGUGUUAUAUGUUUAUGGAUGGCAAUGCAUUGGAUCCAGAACAUGUCAGAAAUCCAUUCAUUUUCAGACUUAUAACCAGGCAACUAGCAAAGAUUCAUUCGAUUCAUGCUCAUAAUGGCUGGACUCCCAAGCCAAAUCUAUGGUCAAAGCUGGAAAAGUACUUCGCUCUUGUGCCCACAGAAUUUGCUGAUGAGUGUUUGCAUGCGAGGUUCAUGACAGAAAUCCCUUGUCUUCACGAGCUUGAACAGGAAUUGGUGUGGAUGAAGGAACACCUGCCUAGUCUUGGCUCCCCAGUAGUGCUCUGCCACAAUGAUUUAUUGUGCAAAAAUAUUAUCUAUAAUGAAAUAAAAGGUCACGUGCGAUUCAUUGAUUAUGAAUAUGCAGGCUAUAACUACCAGGCAUUUGACAUUGGGAACCAUUUCAAUGAAUUUGCAGGUGUAAAUGAAGUUGAUUACAGUUUGUAUCCAGCCAAAAAUAUCCAAUUGCAGUGGCUGAAAUGCUAUCUUGAGGCUUUAAAAGAGUAUAAAGGAAUUAGUACAGAAGUAACUGAUGAGGAAAUUGAAGUACUUUAUUUACAAGUUAAUGUAUUUGCACUGGCUUCCCAUUUCUUCUGGGGUCUUUGGGCACUAAUCCAGGCGAGGUAUUCAACAAUCGACUUUGAUUUUUUGGGGUAUGCAGCCGUGCGAUUCUGCCAAUAUUUCAAAAUGAAGCCUGAAGUUACAAACUUGAAACUUUCUGAAUGACAACAAUUUUCCCAUUGCUGAAGAACAGAAAACUAGCAGAAUGAAUUGAGUAUGUUGCAAAGUACUGUCAAACUGGAAUUCUAAUGCUUUCUAAAAUACCGUGUCGUUGUAUUAAAACUACAUAACAUUGAUCCAAAAGUUGUGGUUUAAGAAAUACUUUAGUAAUUUGACACUAAAUAUGCCACUUAAUUAUGCUUGAAAGCAAAUUUGUUAACCGUACUUUACAUUUCUAGUGGAAACUACCAUUUCACUGCAACUAAAAAUUUAACCAUUUGUCAAAUUAAAUAUUCUUCAUCUACAGUUCCACUGCUAAUAAAUGUGCUGAGGCAAAAAUCGUAAUCUGUUGGAGCAUGUAAUUGCUUCACAUGUUAAUCUUCACUUACCUUGUCUUGCACGAAAGCCCUGUUCGUAGCUGGGCGUAGUUUUUCCUUCCAGCCAGUGCCAUAAACAUCGAGAGAUCUAAAGUUUUGAGGAAAAAUGUUUUCACUAAAUAAUAUUGUCAGUGUUUCUGUUUUUGGAAAAUUGAAUCUUCUGAGAUGUUAGUUUGCACAAGAGCCUGAUCUUUAGGAUGGUGGUCUAAUUUACACAUGUAGUUGCUAGUCACUUGUGGGUGAUUCUUAUGUUCCGGUGGCUGGUGAGGCAAUAUGUGGAUCUUUGAAGAGUAUUUGCAUUUAUAUAAAAAAUGUUGCAAAUACUCAACAGGUCAUGUAGCAUCUGUGGAGAGAGAAAAUGCUGAUAUUUCAGCUCCGUGACCUUUAAUUAGAUUACAAACACACAUUCCAUUUACUGUCCCCAUUUCCAUCCUUGUUCUUUUCCAAUUCAAUAUUAUUUUUAGAUUUUCUCCCAGCUUCACCUAUUUUGUCAAUCUCAGUUGGUCCCUGGUUCCGGAACACUUCAACGUUAAAAUGUUGAGGAUUGUUUUUCUGCAAAUUUGGCCUCUUCUGCAUCCACCAUUUCUUUCACCCUGCCAUUGACAACUGUAGGUUCAAGCAUCUAGACUGUUCAAUAAUUAUAAAACUUCAAACUCAGUUGCACUUCAUAGGAAUAAAGAGUUGCGACUUAUUUAGAGUUUUUUCAGUGAGACUGAUGCCUCAACACAAUCAGUAAAUUGCAUAUUUUGGGGGGCUUCAACACCAUAUGAGGAUAGGUACAGUCACUAAUUAGCAGCUUCUGGAUAUCAGUGUUUAACUUUGAAUGUGCAAACUUUAAUUGCUGUUAGUUUCAGGAUAAUAACAGCACAUUCCAACCGCUUUCCUGUCAUUUCUGCUGCAAAAUAAAAAUGCUAACCUUAAAUCCCCAUACAGCAGUAGAUAAAGACAGUACCCUGGCUCUGAAGAAUUGCUGGUUAUAAUGCAACAUAGUAUGUCAUAAAGACUAUCUUCUGUUCCUUUUAAAUGUAAGAAUUAUAUUAACAGAUACCUUGUAAAAAGAAUUGCAGCAGUUCUUGUACAAAUCUCCAUUUUAUUUAGAGCAGACAGAACCUUUUGUAAAUGAUGGGGUUAAGUUGUUAAUUAAGCUUGGUUACAACAUCACCUUGAAAAACUUUGUAAUUUCUUUCCAUUAAAAUAAUCUUUUCUUUCAAGUAUAUAUUCAAUUGUAUAACUCUUGAUUGUGAAGUAAUGCUGAAUAAUUUAUUUAACUUUACCAUCCUUGGAAAAGGGGACUUCUUGAUUUGACCAGAACAGUUGCUCAUUGUUUGCACUUUAGCCAAAAAAGACUCUCCUAAAUUUGGUAAAGGGUUUUAAGUUAUUUGUAUGGAUAAUGAACUAUUAGAAAUUAAGCUGCACAAUCGAUGCACCCAGCCAAACCUAUACUGAAAAUUAAAUGGUAAGCAGAAUGUUAAGUUAAUUUAUGUAUUUUAAAAGACUGUCACUUGUAUCUCUGUUAUAUGGUGAUUUGUAGCAGUUUUGACAAACUUAGAGAUUGCUGAAGCAAAGCCAAAUACAGUUUUGUGCUUGCAAACUUUGACUGUUUUCUUGCAUGUCAGCAAAUCUUGCUUAAAGUUUGUUACAUACCUCUAUUUGAUAUCCUUCAUCUGAAAUAGAAAAGGUAAAGGUUGACUCAUGUUCCCAGUAUUUCCUGCUUUUACUUUUAACAGUUCGGGCUUAAAAUGAGCUCAUGCAAAUUAAAACAAGAGCCUGUAUUUUUUUUAAAAAGUCAAUAUUGCAUCUAGUUCAUAUACUUUAAAUAUUGGAUUUUAAAGCACAUAUUUAUUACCUACAUUUUUAUGCAGAUACCUGUCUUUUAUCAAAUUCAGCAGUCCUCACUUUCUUAAAUCUAUCUUAAUUGCUUUUACAAAUGUGUUUGUGUGUGUAUGCCCAAUUAUUUUUAUUUAAUGAGAAUCCAUCUGUUGGAGACUGUAUAACACAUCAGUGGAAGCUAACUUGAGUGAUGAUGAGAAUAUAUUCCAUCACAUUAAAGUUGGAGGAUCUGAUUUUGUGGCCUACAGCACUGAAAUUAACCAUCAAAACUGAAGUUGUAUGAUGUUUCCUAAGAUGGCCUCAAAUAAAUUAAUAUUUUUUGUUGAAGUGAUGUAAACAUGGCUGCAUAGAUUUAUGGCCCUGUAAGAUACUUGGUACAUCAAUCUGCUGCAUCUGAAAAAUAGAAUAUAGUUAGGUUGUGGCAGAUGCAGCUGUCAAAGCUGUUUAAAUCAGCAUCUUCUUUCAAAUAUCAUGUAACAAAAAAUUUUAAAAAUCUCAGCUGAUGCAGCACAGUUCAAGGCUAUUGCAUUAAACUAUUCAUUUGGUGCAAACAAUGGGUAUUCUUUGACCAGCUAUCCAACCAGUAAUCCCAAGCUGCUUGUGAUAGUGUCCCUAUCUCUGAAUCCCAAAAGCCCACAUUCUGCUUUAAAGGUGUGUUCAUAGCAUCUCUGAACAGGUUCAUCAGUAAAUAUAUCCAAUUAAUCCCAAUCCUGUGCUGUACCUGAUAAGCUUACAAAUAUUUCUAUUUAAAUUCUGUACUGUAUUCAUGUCUUUUCCCCAUCAUCUCAUCCUCUCCAACCCUCAAAAUUACUAUUAAAUCUACACCCACUACUUUGUCGAAUAGUGGUAUUCCAGAUAAUCACAGUUUGCACAUAAGAAUACUCGUCUCCCUAUAGUUCUUCUAUUGACUUGCAUUAUCACAUAAUGGGGAGGUUAAGGGUGGUGCUUUUCCAACGUCUGUAUCUGUACAUCCAUUUAGACGUGAGCUUUUCUUUUGAGGUAACAUUCUCAAGAAUUUGAUGCUUCUGUGCUGCCAUUACAAUGUGAUGUGAAUGGAUUACUAAACAUGAGCCAGCUUUUAAAUUAUAAAGAAAAUUUGUGCCACAUGAAAAUGUGUAAAUUUGUAAAUAAAAUUCUUACCCUGUUUGCUUUUC